AUGAAAAUUGUCGUUGGAAAGUGGUUGCGUGACAAGAAUCAAACUAUCGCUUUGGAAGUUUACUCUUCUUCUACUGCUGCUUCUGUUUCGGGUUUGGAAGAAGCAAGAGGGUUGAAGGCACCUCAGGCUGGAUCACUCCAUUCCGUGCGUAAGCCAUUGUCAAAGCCCUGGAAGAAGCCAAUUGCACCAUUUCCUCCAACUCCACCUAAGGUCUACACGGUCGACUCUUUAAACUUCCGGGACUUGGUUCAAAGGCUAACCGGUUCACCUGAGUUCAUGUCCCCAUCUCAUAACCCAACGUCCACAACUCAGUUUGAGGUGCCUCAUCAUCAGCGUCUCCAAAGAGUGGCACCUCCCCCUCUUCACGUUGCAGCACCGCCGUUGUCCAGAGCUGAAGUUUCUGCACCAUUGAAUAUGUUCUCGGGAUUAGAUCACAGCAACCACAAUUACUCCAAUAGUUCGAUGAACACCUUUACAUCAAAUUCACUCGGUCUUGGAUUAAACUUGUCGCCAUCUUCUUAUAAUUGGUUCACUUUCCCCAUUCUCAGUCCCGGUACACUGGCCAGCUUGGAACAAAGCACUGUUCCUUAG